GCCCGGCCGGCGUGCGGGCGGUACGUAUUUAAAGUAGGAUAGUGUAAGGUCAUAUAAUGAUGUUAUAAAAAACUUAGUGGCAGUGAUAAAAAAGGAUUACAGGCCGGUCACAAAAAUGGCAUCAAAGUCAUUAUUCGCUGCAAAUCGAACUGUAGCGCUAACAAAAAAGAGUCUGAAAUGCCUUAGCAGCGUGCGGAAAUUCUCUGAAACACCUUGGACUCAUGAAGGAAUCAUAAAAUCGCCUUUCAAAGACAUUGAAGAACCGACGUGUACGCUGUAUGAGUCCGUGUGGAAAAAUUUGGAGAAAUGGCCAGACCGGACUAUGGCGGUUUGCGGCAUGACAGGGCGUGGCUACACCUACUCGCAGGGCUUCAAGCUAUCGUCCGCUUUCGCGGCGAACCUGCGCGGCAAGCUGCGUGUGCGCGACGGUGACGCCGUGGCCGUCAUGCUGCCCAACGUACCCGACUACCCCGUCGUGGCCUUGGGAAUAUUGGAAGCUGGUGCUGUCAUCACCAGUAUCAACCCUAUUUACACUGCGCAUGAAGUCCAUCGCCAACUCGUGAUGUCAGGCGCAAAAGUGAUAGUCACGGUACGAGAGACAACUGACGUCGUCAAAGCCGCUCUUAAAAUGGCAAAAUUGGACAUUCCCAUCAUUGUAGUUAGAACUGAAGAUACAGAUGUUCCAGUUGGCACGAUACGGUUCAAAGAACUAAGCGUUGACGUCCAUGUUGAUCUGUCACCGUUGAAAAAAGUCAGACGAAAAGCUGAAGAUGUAUGUUUCUUGCCUUAUUCGAGCGGUACAACAGGAGUGCCAAAAGGAGUAGAGUUGACGAAUAGGAAUUUAGUGGCAAAUUGUGAACAAAUGAACGAGCCCAUAAUAAAAACACAUAAUGUUACAACAGCAACCCACCAAGACGCCGUUAUGGCAGUGCUGCCAUUUUUCCACAUAUACGGCGCAGAGGUGAUGAUGUUCCACAAGUUAUCCCAGGGAAUUAAAUUGGUGACCCUGCCAAAGUUCCAGCCUCAACUGUUUCUGCGAACCUUGGAAAAGUAUAAGACCAAUGUUUUGUACGCUGCUCCUCCUAUUGUGUUACUGAUGGCUUCACAUCCAGCUGCAUCUCCAGAAACAUUCCAACAUCUGGAGGUGAUCAUCAAUGGAUCUGCUCCCCUGACAACCGCAGAUGCUGAUAGAUUCAUCGAAAGAGCCAAGAGAAAAUUUGACUUCAGGCAAGGCUACGGUCUAACAGAAACUUCACCGGUGGUGACAGUAACUCCAAGAGGCAAUGACAACUAUGGAUGUGUUGGUCUUCCUGUUCCAAAUACUGAACUUAAGAUUGUCGAUGAAAAUCUUACAACUCUUGGACCUAAUGAGAAAGGAGAACUGUUGAUUCGUGGCCCACAAGUCAUGAAGGGAUAUAGAAAUAACGACAAAGCAAAUAAAGAAGCAUUUACUGACGAUGGGUGGUUCAGAAGUGGAGAUUUGGCCAUCGGAGACGAGCACGGCAUCAUUACUAUAGCUGAUAGAUUAAAAGAACUUAUUAAGGUCAAGGGCUUCCAAGUUCCGCCAGCUGAAUUAGAAGGUGUCCUUCGCGAUCACCCAUCAGUAGACGAUGCUGCAGUUAUCGGGGUUCCCCAUGAGACCAACGGAGAAGCGCCCAAAGCCUUCAUUGUGCUGAAGAAGGGACACAAUGUAGCUCGAUCAAAUAUAUGCGAUUUUGUGAAGGAGAGAGUAGCUGAAUACAAAAGGAUAAAUGAUGUGACGUUUUUGGAUGAGUUACCGAAGAACUCGACUGGAAAGAUACUAAGGAGAGAGUUAAAAGAGAAAUAUACGUAAAUUUUCCAUUAUCCCUAGGAAAGUUUGUUCCUUGAAGAAAACGAUAAUAAUUUGAAGCAAAGAUCUCCGUAAUAGAUGGAUACAGUCUAAGGAAAAAACGUGGAAGAAUUUAGGAAGAAGAAGAAGUAAGGAAAAAUUUAUCCAUUAUAAUUACAUUUUAUGGUAUUUUUAUACAUCUUCAUUUUUAGUUUUAAUCAUGUGUCGAUAGAUAGCAGUGAAUUACUGUGGCUACAAAAUUUACUAUGACAGUACCGCUAUAUCCUAUCAUGGGGUGUGUUAUUUAUCGAUUUGAACACUCGACGACUCCACUUACCGACUAUAAGUAGGUAAUUAAUGGUAAAAGAUAUUCAUGGAACGAUGUAAAUAAAUUGUAAAGUACUGUAUAAUAUUAAGGGUAAAGAUAAUAAAUAUAUAUUUUUUACAACACAA